GCGCCGGCGGAAGGAGGAGUUGCAAUUCCGGGUGAGCGGGAGGUCGGUGUUGUGAGCGGCUGCUGCUGGGCUCGUCCCGUGUCUCGCCGCCACCAUGUCAGCCCCCAGCGCUCUCGUGAAGCAGCCUCCCAUCCAGUCCACGGCGGGCGCCGUGCCCGUCCGCAAUGAGAAGGGCGAGCUGUCUAUGGAGAAGGUGAAGGUGAAACGGUAUGUGUCGGGAAAGCGGCCCGACUAUGCGCCCAUGGAGUCCUCGGAGGAGGAGGACGAGGAGUUCCAGUUCAUCAAGAAGGCGAAGGAGCAGGAGGUGGAGCCCGAAGAGCAGGAGGAGGAGGUCGCCAACGACCCUCGGUUGCGGCGACUGCAGAACCGCAUCACUGAGGACGUGGAGGAGCGGCUGGCAAGGCACCGCAAAAUUGUGGAGCCUGAAGUGGUUGGAGAGAGUGAUUCUGAGGUGGAAGGUGAAGCAUGGCGUGUGGAGCGAGAGGACACCAGUGAAGAGGAAGAAGAAGAGAUUGAUGAUGAGGAGAUUGAGCGUCGGCGUGGGAUGAUGCGUCAGAGAGCACAGGAGAGGAAAACCGAGGAGCUAGAAGUGAUGGAGCUGGAAGAUGAGGGCAGAUCUGGAGAAGAAUCUGAGUCAGAGUCUGAGUACGAGGAGUACACAGACAGCGAGGAUGAAAUGGAGCCACGUCUCAAACCUGUCUUCAUCCGCAAGAAGGACCGGAUCACAGUUCAGGAGCGAGAAGCAGAAGCCUUGAAGCAGAAGGAGCUAGAACAGGAGGCAAAGAGAUUAGCAGAGGAGAGGCGCAAGUACACACUCAAGAUCGUGGAAGAGGAAGCGAAGAAGGAGCUGGAGGAGAAUAAGCGCUCGCUGGCAGCACUUGAUGCUCUUGAUACAGAUGAUGAGAAUGAUGAGGAGGAAUACGAGGCUUGGAAAGUGCGCGAGCUGAAGCGCAUCAAGCGGGAUCGCGAAGAACGAGAAGCCAUGGAGAAAGAGAAGGCAGAGAUCGAGCGGAUGCGGAACCUGACGGAGGAGGAGCGCCGUGCUGAGCUGCGAGCCAACGGCAAGGUCAUCACCAACAAGGCAGUGAAGGGCAAAUACAAGUUUCUGCAGAAGUACUACCACCGUGGUGCCUUCUUCAUGGAUGAAGAUGAGGAGGUGUACAAGCGGGACUUCAGCGCCCCGACCCUUGAGGACCACUUCAACAAAACUAUCCUGCCCAAAGUCAUGCAGGUCAAGAACUUUGGGCGCUCAGGACGGACGAAGUACACGCACUUGGUAGACCAGGAUACCACCUCGUUUGACUCUGCCUGGGGCCAAGAAAGUGCGCAAAACACUAAAUUCUUCAAGCAGAAAGCAGCAGGUGUGAGGGAUGUCUUUGAGAGACCCUCAGCCAAGAAGCGGAAGACCACUUAAGGGAGCACGCAGGAGGGCACCCUGUGGCUGCCUACUGGGCAGAGAGGCACUGCUUUGUCAGCUGCCCAAGAGCCUGGGCAGGAACAGCAGGGACAAAACACCGCACCAGGACUCGUGCCACAAUAAGCUGUUCCUCCGUGCCCCUGCACUACGUCCUCCCUGUUGAUUUGGUGGCAUGACUCUCGACCUGCACUUCAGAGACUCAGCAGACUCCAUCACUGGCUCUUGUGAAAGAUGACUUCCAGCUAUGCUGAGCAGCCUCAUAGUCAUGUCCCCAUCCCACCUGCCUGCAAAAGCUUCAGCAGCACCAGACCAGCUGUACAGAAGCACAGCACCCCCUGCUCCAGCAUCCCCACCUUCAGAGGAAGUAGCAGACACUUAUCCCUGUCUGGCCCAUACUAUCUCUUCCUCCUACCUUUCCCCAUUGUCAUUUUGGAUCUUCCUUUGGUUGGGAACAGCUGUGACACUGUCUCCUAAUCCUGUUUCUGCAGGGCUUGGCUUUUCUACCUGUACAGGGGGAUGGGAUUGUUUUGAUUAAAGCAAUUGUUUUCUUACAAAUUCUGGUAG